UGAUGAAAGAGGGAGAAAAAAGAUAGGGAAGGUUGGCAAUUGAUGAUGUCACAAUCCUCCAACUUAGUUAUAAGUAGUAAGAUAGUAGCAGAGGCUUCAGAGAGGAAGAGGAAGCAGACUGGUUAGGAGAGCAUAAAGGGGAAAAAGAGAAAUUUCAAUGGGAAAGUAGAGAAGGGAGAAAACUUAAAAAAUCAGUAAAUGAUCACGGGGCAGGAAAAAGAAAAGAAGAAACAGAAACAACAUGAUGAUCUUUAGAAAUAUCACAGGUAAAAAUCAUCAUUGUACAUUAGAGCAAAUUCAGAGCUACCCAUGUUGACUUGUUGCUCUGACUUCCUGAAGUGAUUUUACACUGCCCCCUGACUGGCAGGGAACGCAGAAGUAGAAGUCUCUGCCAUUUGUACAGAACUCUUCAUAAACUAUACAUAGAAAAGUGAACCCACUGACUAUUUGGUCCACCCAUCUCUACUUCGAUGCGCACAGAUCCAGAGAAUCCACGCAGAAAAACUUUGGCUCCUAUGGAUAACCAUAUCAGAUCUUCGGCUAACAUUGGUCUUCCACUCAACCUGAUUAACCAGCAUGCAUCAUGGCCAGCUUAUGUCACCUAUACAUCCCCAAGUGUCAACAGACUUAUUGAGCAAGAAAGACUGAAACAAUCAGAAUACUACAACUUCAGUCAGGAAGACAGAGGAGAAUCAAACCACAACAUUCAACCAGGAUUCAUCUACCUUUCAAGAAAGCCUGCCAACUUUUCUGCUGAUGCUUCUUAUAAGGAGCAUCCCACAACAUCGGUUCUGGAGAGCCACUCCCCAUUGGCAGCCCCACUGCCUGAUUUACAUGUGAAUGGUGCAAUUCCCCAGACAGCUUCAAGAGGCGAUCCCACUGAUGCUUGCAACAAACUCAUUUAUUCCCAAAAACCUAUGAUGCGCAUUUUCGUGUAUGGUGCCCUGCCAGAUGACACGGAGAGAAAAACAAAUGUUCAUUAGACAUCAUGUUUUCUGUAGGCCACCCCUACCAGCUUAAUACUGCUUUUAAGUUCUCUCUGCAA